AUGUCAGCUGCUCAUAUCCCCAACCUCAAUACACUGCGGCGAGGUGGUGGGAGAGGCCGCGGAAGAGGUAGGGCCGGCUAUCCUGGCACCGCAGGCCGCGGGGAGGGCAACUUGGGGGACAAGGUGGUGCAACAAACAGACAACGAUGCCAGCGUCUCGAGACUCAGCGCCGUCGAGCUGGGCUAUCUUCACGAUCCUUUUGCCUCUAUCCUCGCACCAGAGACAGCUGAGAUACGAAGAUAUCCCAUCAUUAACAGAGGAACAUAUGUGCGGACGACCUCGAUUGACGUACUGGUUUCCCGAUUCCUCUGGGCAGAUAAAAGGAAGAAGCAGAUAAUUUCGCUCGGAGCUGGGUCGGAUACUCGAGUAUUCAGGUUGUUGUCAGGAAAUCCAGAGCUGGAUCUGACGUACCAUGAACUUGACUUUGCAGAAAACACGACCUCGAAGAUCGCGAAGAUCCUCUCCUCUCCACCGCUCCUGGACGCCCUCGGUAUCACAGACCGAGAGGAAGCGACGACGUCUUCCAAUGGUGAUGCAUUCCACUCGAAACACUACCACAUUCACCCCAUAGAUCUACGAACGCUCACAGCGUCGUCCAACGGCCCGGACCGUCCACGGCUUCAAGAUAUAGAUUCAAGCGCCCCGACAUUGUUGAUCUCAGAGUGUUGUCUAGUGUAUCUGCCUCCUGCCGAUGCUGUGAAGGUUGUCUCCCAUUUUACGGAUAACAUGUUCUCUCCAACCACGCCCCUUGCACUGGUUAUAUAUGAACCCAUUAGACCAGAUGACCCGUUCGGAAGGACGAUGGUGAAUAAUCUGGCGGCCCGCGGAAUUCAGCUGCAGACGCUUCAUCGUUAUGCGUCACUACAAGCCCAGAGGGAGCGGUUGCAGAGUCACGGUUUCUCAGGCGGUCAAGGAGUCGCCGACAUUGAUUUCAUCUGGGAGAAGUGGAUCGGAAAGGACGAGAAGAGUCGAGUUGCAGGACUUGAAAUGCUGGACGAGGUCGAGGAGUGGCAGUUGCUCGCAAGGCAUUACUGUGUUGCUUGGGGAUGGCGAGAUGGUCCGCCAUCGCCCGGAGAUCAAGAAACGCUUCCGACUGGCGAGGCCUUCCGCGGCUGGCAAGAGUUUCCAUCACAAUGAAUAAACCUAAUAAUAUACCGAGCCAUUUACUCU